CGGUACCAUCCGUCAUCUCACAGUAAUACCUCGGUCGGUUGCAAUGCAGCUCUCAACAAUAUUCACCAGGACGCGGACUUCACCACCACAGCACGUACUGUAAGCGGCCCCCGAUGAAAUCCAUCCCUCACAUUGACAACACCCUCGAAUACGGUGGUCAUCAGGACAACAGAAAGACACCUACUAGUUUGUCAACCCGUAGCUCUUUCGCUUCGACGUCGCCAUCUUGUUGCGGCAUGAUUGGCUCUCUUACACUAGGCGGUGAACGAGAUGCAGGAUCAUGGACCGACCAUCGAUCUAGUCUUCUGCCCAAGCGACUGUUUACCGAAAUCACCCCUAGCCUUCAUAGGCAUUACCAAUCAGCUGCCUGGCCAUCAACCGAAUAUUCUUGUUCUUCUUUGAGCUCACCGCUUCAACUACGCUGAGCUGACUCGGAUUCCUUUUUCAAUCUCUGUUAAAACUGCCCAUCUUCCCCACAGAAGUCCUUACCGUCUGUGGGGGCACACUACUGCUUGCAGGUUUGGUUUUGGCUUUUGUCGGACAUUCGUGCCGGUCACUACCCCCAUCAUGUGCUUGCUGUGUUGUUUGAAAUGGUCGUUUUGGCUAGCGCCUGACCACUUUUGAUGCGCGUCUCUCGUCCAAUCCUUGAUGCAGACGCCGAGGACAUUGAUGUGUUCUAGUACAUUAAUGCUACUGCGGACUCUUGCAAGCGUCCCCAGGUUGAAACACCGAGGGAGACACCGACAUGGAGAUGAUCGGUUGGCUAAGAUCGCGUGGCCGUGACAACUUCUUUUUUCGGUCCUGCAAUGUACAAAUGUGGUGGUGUGCAGACCACAAGAUCAGGUGGUCAACGACUAAAACUGAUAGAUAAAGUAUAGCACCUGACUUCGAUUUGUGUGACAUUGAAAGGCUGUGAAAAGGUCUGUUUUUGUGCUUCUCAUCUUUCAUCCCAUGGUUCGAUGAUAGACCAAUGGGUUAGUUGUUAAUGUUCUGUUACUUUUCUACAUGGACUCGAGUUGAACGGCCUCACGGCGAAUAAAUCUCAGGUUCUGUUCGGUCGGUGACGAGCUCUGACUUGAUCGACGAAUCAGUCCACACCGCUGCUUCGAGUGGUGUGAGACAGAAGGAUUCUCACCUACUAGAGGACAUCACGGACAAGACGCCCUUGAAACUCUUUGUUCACCUUACCAAAGCAGGAGACAAGGGACCGAACGUGGAGCGAGACAACCACAUGGGAGAAGAAGACACCUCACAGGAGGGGAACGUUGCGAAAGUCUUCGAGUCGGUCGCAAAAGAUGAUGCCAGCUCGAAAGAUUACAGCAGCAGCAACCGCACAAGAACCCGGACCCGAACCAGCACAAAGUCGAAGUCUCGCUCGAGAACCCCCAGCCAAUCUGGAAACAACGGUAGUCCUUCACCAUGUCGGCGGCAGCGGAAGAGCAAGAAGCACUCCCGGCAAGAAUCAUUAGCACUCCACCGCCAAUCGUGUCUUCUAUUUUCCUCGCCGGACGGAAUGACCGUGUUACCCAGUCGAGAAUUCACGCCUCUGCCGAGCGCCGCUGCGAGUUUUAGGUCUUCGUCGACGACUUCGACAUCAAGCGGCGGCGGCCGAGAGAGACAUGGUUACGUUUAUUCAUACCCACCAGCAGCAGACACAUAUACGCGUGAAGCUACGUCUUCGGACGCUGGUCACGGUGGCGGUGGUUUGGACGCAGCAGCGGCGGCGGCGGCGGCGGCGGCAGUUCAGAGAAGGAUACUAUGUGAAACAAUCGAUGCGAAAUUGAAUCGGCUGGCUGCGCAACAACAGCAGCAGCAAAAACACAACCGACGGAAGGAUCAAUCUACGGUAUCUACGUGUUCGACGUCUACAUGUUCUUACUGUACCAUCUCUCCCCGUGUUCCGAUUCGUUCUGACAGUUGUCGAGGCAAAGGCGAAGCUGAAGCUGAAGCUGAAGAAUCCAUCGACAUCAACACCAACACUGCGAGUAUAGUUGAGGUACCCGUGAUAGUAGAGUCCAGAUCAAGGGCGGACUCAUACUCAGGCUCAGGCUCCCGUCAUGGUGAAAGAGAGACAGAAACAGGCAUAACAACCCCAACUGUCACUGGCAGAAACAGAAACAGAAACCUGGAACUCGACACCGUCAUGACAUGGACCUCGGACGCAACCCGGCGGCGCGAAUAUGCCAAGAUCGACCGUGCGCACAGCGGUCUACGUGGCCUUUGGCGUCGGUGUGUUUGUGUCUUGAUCUGUGGUAGUAAAUAUAAUCAAAAGAGACGAAGAGGGUUUUUUACGGGGCGGUGUGAUGGUGACAGUGUUCGAAGGUUCAGAUUGGAUUUAGGGGUUGAAGGUGAUAGUGACGACAAGGAUAGUGACGAUGAUGAAGGAGAGAAUGGUGCCGACGAUGAUCAAGUGCAUGGGCACGUGCUCGAGGAUGAGGAUGAGAAUGAGAAUGGAGGGCAUGAAUAUACGACGACAACGAGAAGAACAACGACGACGACGACAGCAGCGAUGACGAUGAUAGAUAUAGAUCAAACGAAACGGCCAACGCCAACGCCAACGCCGACACCAACUCCACGACAAACUACAACCACAACCACAACCCAGUGUCUCAGUCUCAUGGAAAUGGAAUUGGAAAUGAGACAACUGAAAGGCCAGACUCGGAUGGCGAUAGUACAGGUGAAAGAAGAGGAUGGACAGCAACCACGGCGGGAAACUCAUAGGGGCGGCCAUUGGAUGCGGACGCAGACGCGGACGCGGACGCAGAGGUGGAAAUGGACACAGGUGCAGAAAUGGAAAUUGGGAUCUAAUGUCCUCAGUACCUAGUACCUAGUAAGAAUGAUAUUCAGAGACACAUACUGUACAUGCUAGCAGUACAGGAAGGAUGUCUGGUGAUCAUGAUCACCUGUCACGGUCACUAUCCCAUCAGUCUGUCUUUCAGGAAAUCAAGAUCCAGAAUGAUCUAAUACAUGGGACAUUUCAGUAGGUCCCUGUAGGUAGCAGACCAUCGAGCUGCAGUGAGACGAAAGGAAAGGGC